AUGGCAGAUAAGAAGGAUAUCCCAAGUCAAGACCCAAGUGUAGCAAGGAAGAACAAGACUGGAGGGAGACACUAUCAUUGCAAGAAGUGCGGGAAGGAUCACCCAAGAACCAACUGUAGUGGGAACCCGAUAAGGUGCUUCAAAUGUGGAAAGGUUGGACAUCGAGCCUAUGAGUGCUACGCAAAUCAAAAAGGGAAUGCCUCAAGUCAAGGACCUAACGAGGGUGGACGUCAGCUGAAGAAAAGAUCUUAUAGAAAUCAGUCUGGAAACAAGAAUGAUAAGGGUGGACAAAGGGUUAAGCACGACAGUAUCAAGAACAAGAGAAGUAGGAAGGAAAAUCAAGGCCAAAAUAGUGGUCACGGUAAUCAGCUGAUGAAGAGGGCGCAAGUGAAGGUUGUUGGCGUGGAGACAGGUACACUCCUUAUGAACGCCAUACCUGUUUAA